AUGGAUCCGGCUGUUGUUCCUCCGUCCGGCGACGAUAUCCAGCCCGUAUCAUGGGCGGAUUCCAUAGAUGAUGCCGAAUAUGAGGCGUUAGAAGUGGUAAUUCCGUCCUGGGCAGUUUUGGAUUUCUCCACGGUGAGGGCUGAAGAUCCUAAUGCCUCACCCCCGGUCCAGAGGAGAGCCGAGAAUCCAGAGAGUUUUGUCCGGAGAGAAUUCCGGCAGAAGUCUAAAGUGUGGAGACAGCCAGCACCUUCCUCAUGUUGGCGUAGAUCUCCUCCCUCUGGCUUCAAUAAAAGGCCGGAGCGUCCUGUCGGAGAGGCUUCACCAACUCAGCGUAGAUCUCCUCCUUCAGAGUAUUUUCCUAGACAGGAGCGCCAUGUCAGAGAAGCUUCACCAACUCCGCGUAGAUCUCCUCCCUCUGGCUUCAUUAAAAGGCCGGAGCGUCCUGUCGGAGAGGCUUCACAAACUCAGCAAAGAUCUCCUCCUUCAGGGUUCUUUAAAAGGUCGGAGUGCACUGUAGUGGAGGCUUCACCUCAGUGUAGAUCCCCUUGUUCAGGCGUCUUUAACAGACAGGAGCGCCCAGUCAAAGAAGCUUCACCUCAGGAAAAUUCUCCUCCCUCUGGGUCAUUGAAAAAGCGGAGGCCUUCUCUCGCACUAUAUUCACCACCUCAGUGUAGAUCUUCUGCCUCGGGCUCUCCUCCUUCAGGUGUCUUUAAAAGGCCGGAGCCCGCUGUCACAAAAGUUUCACCAUCUCAGCAUCAAGGUCCUUGCACAAAUGUAGUGAGCCCACGGGAUGGCCAGAAGACGACUACGGCAAAGUCUGUUGCACAGAAGCAGGAGAUGGGUGGGCCAGAAAUGUCCAGCAUACCCCCCACCACACAUACACCAGCUCCUGUACCUGAGCGUACAUCUCCUCACUCAGGCUUCUUUAAAAAGUCUCUCACAGAUGCUGCACCACUUCGACAUCAAGAUUCUUCGACAGCCUCCUCUACAGUAAAUGGAGUGAGACCAGGAGAAGGGCAGAAGAACACUACUGCAAAAAGAACAGUAUCAAUGCUCUUUAUUUUUCAAAACUGCUGAUUUCAGUCAUUGGAUGUGUUAUUCAUCUACUCUGAUUUGUU